AUGCUGGAUGCUUCCGAUACACUGAAUGACUUCGAUGAAACUCUCAAGUUUGCAUCCGACUGGCAAAGGAAUAUCGAGAACACCAUCGUUCUGGAUAUACGAGCACUUCGAAGUGCCGCUAUCCGAAGCGGACAAAAUGAUGAGGAUAGAGUCCGUGAUGACGAGCUGGCUUACAACACUUUCGAGGAAUUGAUCAAGCUAUUACGCCCCAAAAUAAACGUUUGUUUGUCAGUUUGA